CUCUUCCGCCCCAGCGAGCCCGGCCCCAUCUCUGGCCUUCCGAACUGCCUCGCGUCGCUUCGGGGCCGGCGGCAGCGGACUGUGCGCGUGAUCCGGGCCCGGUGGGAUCCGGGAUCCCAGCCGCCGUCAUGAACAUCCGCAACGCGAGGCCCGAGGACCUGAUGAACAUGCAGCACUGCAAUCUCCUGUGCCUCCCGGAGAACUACCAGAUGAAGUACUACUUCUACCACGGCCUCUCCUGGCCGCAGCUCUCUUAUAUUGCUGAGGACGAGAAUGGGAAGAUUGUGGGCUAUGUCCUGGCCAAAAUGGAAGAAGACCCAGAUGACGUGCCCCAUGGACACAUCACCUCACUGGCUGUAAAGCGUUCCCACCGGCGCCUUGGCCUAGCUCAGAAGCUGAUGGACCAAGCCUCUCGAGCCAUGAUAGAGAACUUUAAUGCCAAAUAUGUCUCCUUGCAUGUCCGAAAGAGUAACCGGGCCGCCCUGCAUCUCUAUUCCAACACCCUCAACUUUCAGAUCAGCGAGGUGGAGCCCAAAUACUAUGCCGAUGGGGAGGAUGCCUACGCCAUGAAGCGUGACCUCACCCAGAUGGCUGAUGAGCCAGCCACAGAGCCUGGCUCCCCUUGUCUUGUCUCUGGAGACUUAGGCCCUGUCUCUUUCCACCCGCUUCCCCCUGGGCUCCCGGCGGCAGCUGAGACGGCACCUGGAGCUGAAGGAGAAGGGCAAGCUCGCGGAGAGCAAAGGCAACCCACUUCUGAGCUCAGCAGAGGCCUGUCGCGAGGAGAAGACCUCGGCUGCUGAAGAUAGUGGUGGGGACAGCAAGGACCUCAGCGAGGUCAGCGAGACCACAGAGAGCACAGACAUCAAAGACAGCUCCGAAGCCUCUGACUCGGUCUCUUAGAGCCUUCCCCGCCCAGCCCAGCCUCAUCCAUGUGUUUUUACAAUAAACCUCACUCCGCCCUUGG